CCAUCUCUCCAGUCUAAAAAAGUAAAUCUUAAAAAAAUAAAUAAAUAAGUGAGGUGGCUCCUAAGGGAUGACACCCAUGGCUGACCUCUUUACACAUACACACACACACACACACACACACACAUACACACACACACACACACACACGUGCAGACACAUACAAAAUUGGAAGUGUGUGCUGGGUGUGAUAGUGCAUACGUAUGCUCUCAGCCCCUUGAGACGCUCAGACAGGAGCACAAGGUUGAGAGCGGCUUAGGGUGUAUGCAGUGAGGUCCUGUCUCAAAAACACACCGUGAGCUAGGGUUUAGCCCAGUGUGGGACUUGAGGAAGAUGUGCAGGGCACUAGGCUUGAUUCCCAGGCUUGCAGCUAGAAGAAGGAAGGAAGAAAAUAUGGAAGGACGAUGUUUGUGCUAAGCUGGGUGUGGUGGGAAGGAAGGGUGGGGGAGAAGAAGGAAGGAGCAAGCUGCAUAGUGAGUUCAAGGCCAGCCAGGUAUAUGUGAGGCCCUGUUCCAAAAAUAAAACAAAAACAGAGCCCAAAAGAGGGUUCAACACGUAAAAGUGCUUGCUUGACGGUGUUACCCUUUGACCUCUGUGCCAUGGUGUGUAUGCCAUACUUAUACACAUGUCCCCCACACACUAGUUACUGAUGUCUAAUCCCAGCCUUGGGAGGCAGAAGCAGGAGGAUCAUUGCAAGCUCAAGGCUAAUCUGAAGCUCAGGGCUAACCUGGUAUAUGUAUAUAUGAGUUCCAAAGCCAGCCACGGUCCCAAAGUGAGACCUCAUCUCAAAAACCAGAGACUCAAGAGACAGAGAAACAAAGAAAACAAACAGAAUGUGUUUUUGUACAACUCUAGGCCUCUUGUAGUGGUGAUUCUGACCCAUUAACUGUUUCUGUAAUGUUGGUAUUGUUAGGUAGGAAGGUUAGUAGAGCUCCUAAAAACUUGGGGGUUGGGGAUUUAGCUCAGUGGUAGAGCGCUUACCUAGGAAGCGCAAGGCCCUGGGUUCGGUUCCCAGCUCCGAAAAAAAAAAAACCAAAAAAAAAAAAAAAAAAAAAACCUCUUAGAAUAUGUCGUGUAAGUGAAUGUGCUUCCUCUUUUUCUGUGAUGGUGACUUCUCCAUGUGUAAUGCUUCAAACUUCACCAGAGAGUGAGAGCUUUCUAGUUUCUUCAAGUCUGUGUGGCAGGCAAAUUAUUUCUGUUAGACCCUGUCAUUUGAGGAGCUUUGAAAACACAGUAUCUUUUCAGAUAGCGUUCCUUCUUGUCUGUGUUUCAUUUCACUUAAAAUGGUUUAUAAGUUGCUGUCUUAAGAUUUACGGCUUUUCCUCUCUCAUAUUACAUCCCACUGCAAUCUCCCCACCCCCUCCCAGUGCCUUCUCCACCUCUCCUCUUCCCCCAGUCCACUCCUCAGUCUCUUCAGAACAGGGCAGGUCUCCCAGGGUAUCAGCUAAGCAUGGCUGUCAAACUGCGACAAGACUAGGCACCUCCCCUCAUAUAAAGGCUGGAGGCGGCAGCCCAACAGGAGAAGAGUCCUAAGAGCAGGCCAGCCUCAGAGAUGUCCUCCUCCACUCCCACUUGGGAGCCCCACAGAAGACCAAGCUACACAGACAUCGCAUGUAUGCAGAGGGCCUGCCUGAGACCCAUACUGCUCCUUUUUCUUUAAUAGUUUAACCCGUUACUAUUUUCAUUUCUGAAAAUUGAGUUCUUCAGAAUUUUGAAAUGUCUUCUAUAUCUAUGCUUAACAUGUGUCUGUAUUUGUCUGAUAGCUGUUUGAUAUCUCUCUCCAAAAUACUUUAUUAUGGUCCAAGGGAUUAAUGCCAGGGCACGCCAGGCAAACACUCUACCAAUGGCCCCACCUUAAUUUUUUAUUUAUUUUAUGUAUAUGAGUGCUUUGACUGCAAAUAUGUCUGUGUACCAUAUAUGUCCUCAGUGCCCAUGGAAACCAGGGAACAGCAUUGGAUCCUUCGGAACUGGAAUUGUAGACAGUUAUAAACUACAAAGUGAGUGCUGGGAGUCAAAUCCAAGUUCUCUGGAAGAGCACCCAAUAAAUGCGCUUAACCUCUGAGCCACCCCUCUAGCCCAGAUCCUCAGCUUUCCCUUCAUACUUGACUCCUCCACGCGGUCGCUGUGUCUAUUGUGAGGUUAGGGCUAGGGUUAGAAUUAGGGUGUAGGGGUUGGGGAUUUAGCUCAGUGGUAGAGCGCUUGCCUAGCAAGCGCAAGGCCCUGGGUUCUGUCCCCAGCUCCGAAAAAAAGAAAAGGAAAAAAAAAAAAAAAGAAUUAGGGUGUGAGCUGUCCCUGGCCUGGGUGGAGCCUGAUGUAGUCCACUCCUCUGCUGACUUGGUGAUGUCCUCAAGUCUGUACUGCUAAUGCUGAGCUUCUGGGGCUCUGUCUACCCGCUGCUGCCCGUCUUUGCGUAUCGUUCUGUGUGCUCAGUCUUGGGGAUUCUAGCCUUGGCCUCCUUGCUUCCUCACUUCAAGGUGACUGCCAGGCCUGGGAUUUCUUCUCUCUUUUUGCAACUUAGAAACUGUCCAGACGGUUCUAACAUUGAGAAGUCGGUGAAAGACCUCCAGCGCUGCACUGUGUCCCUGGCACGGUACCGAGUUGUCGUCAAAGAGGAGAUGGACGCGUCCAUCAAGAAAAUGAAGCAAGCCUUUGCCGAAUUGCAAAGCUGUUUAAUGGAUCGAGAAGUGGCACUGCUGGCUGAGAUGGAUAAAGUGAAAGCUGAAGCAAUGGAAAUCUUGCUCAGCCGGCAGAAGAAAGCAGAGCUCCUCAAGAAGAUGACCGAUGUGGCCGUCCGGAUGUCAGAGGAGCAGCUGGUCGAACUCAGGGCUGAUAUCAAGCACUUCGUUAGUGAGCGUAAAUACGAUGAAGACCUUGGGAGAGUAGCCCGGUUCACCUGUGACGUAGAGACUCUGAAGCAGAGUAUUGAUUCCUUCGGACAAGUGUCUCAUCCGAAGAACAGCUACUCAACCCGGUCUCGGUGCAGCUCGCUGCUGCCGGUGUCCUGCAGUGGCUCGACCCGGUCACGGUGCAGCUCACUGCUGCCCGUGUCCUGCAGUGGCCCAAGUGACGUCUCUGCUGCUUCCUCCGCCCCUGACGCCUCUGCGCCCAGCCUCCCAGGUGCUAACAAGAGAAACUCUGCCCCAAGAGAGGCUUCUGCAGCCAUGACGAACUCCAGUGACCGGCCCUGCCAGGCUCAUCGGGAGGUGUUUUCAGGCAACAGGAGAGGAGGACAAGGCUACAGGCCACAAAACCAAAAGACCACUGACCCCCCAAACCAAGGGCGGCAUGACAAUGCGGGUCGCUACAGGAACAGCUCGUGGUACUCAUCUGGGCCCAGGCAUCAGGCUGUUCCGCCUCAAGCCCCAGGAAGCGCUGGCGAGUGGAGCCGCCCUUACUCUGCGGGGACCAAUGGAACUGGAGCCAGCUCGGAGCCAAGCCCACCCAAGCCUUCAUUCAAAAAGGGGCUCCCACAGCGCAAACCAAGGGCCUCCCAGGCUGAAGCUGCGAACUCUUGAGGGGGAUUCCAGUUGCCUCUCUUCUCUCCUAUCCAGUUCAACCUAAUAACUGGACUUUAGGAAAUGUAUACUUAGAUUUAAUAACAAAAAGAAAUUUAUGCAUAUCUCUUUGGGCCAUCCUAAAUAUUUUUGAUUUCUACUCUCAUUUUUUGAACGAAAGCUGUUUUCCCUUGGCCUUUCCUAGUGAUAAUGGACUGACUCUGGUUGGUCGUUUUCACCAGGAAGCAGGGCAACUGUUGCCAGCUUCCCAAAGGCGAGCAGCCUUCUUCCCAGUGCACCCACCCUCCACGGCCUGCCACGGAGGCUCUCAGGAGGAACAGUGGUCCGUCGGAAGCAGGUGCCACACGUGCCUGCCAGGCUCCCACUAGUUGACAGUGGGAGUGGGAGUAGGAAUGAGGGACUUUAUACUGUACUGGGUCUGCCGGAAAAGGGAAAUACGUGUUAGUUCCUGCAACAGAGAGCACGGGGAGCAUCUGAGCCUGCCUCGGUCUGGUGCCCGAGAUCUGACACUCGAGUCAGGGUUUCCGUCCGUACUUAACCUGCAGUUCCUUCCAAAUGCCCAAAGCCUUGUUUCCCAGUCUGAGGAAGUCUAUGGGAAAGUAGCAUUUUAAGUUUUUUUAAAGAAAAGGUUUUCUUUGUUUCAGUGUUGGAGAUUUUUUGUUGCUCUCCCCUCUCCUGAAUCCUGUUAUGAACCAAGUUUAUCUGAUAUAAUUAGUGUUCAUCUAAGGUGUUACUCGCCACGGUUGCUGCGGUCAUCUUGAAGUGAAUAAAUAAAGGCUAGUGCCUCACGUGA